ACGCUGCAUACUAUAUGCCAUAAACUGUUUGUGUUUUCGAAGCGUGACUGUCUACUAUUUGCUCGAGCUACAAAUCGAUUUCCGGUUCCUUUCCAGCGCGGUUUUGUUAAGCACACAUUUCUAUAUAGCAGCUGUUUUGUAUGAGAUUGAACAUAUCAUAAGAUCAUGUCCUACCCAACCGAUGAAACCGAAGAAUAUGACCCUUAUUCCUACACAAAUGACGAUUAUCUCCAUACUGGUGACCCUAAAGCCGACCUGGCCUACGAGCGCCAGUAUGAGCAGCAGACCUACCAUGUCAUCCCCGAGGUGAUCAAAAACUUCCUUCAGUACUUCCACAAGACUAUCUCGGACCUCAUCGACCAGAAGGUGUAUGAGCUGCAGGCCAACCGUGUGUCGAGCGAGAGCAUCGAGCAGAAGAUUUAUGAAAUCCAAGAUGUCUACGAGAACAGCUGGAACAAACUGACUGACCGCUUCUUCAAGACGUCUCCUUGGCCAGAGGCUGAGGCCAUCGCUUCCCUUGUCGGAAACGAUGCUGUGUUCCUGAUCCUGUAUAAGGAGUUGUACUACAGACACAUCUACGCCAAAGUCAGCGGAGGACCCACUCUCGACCAAAGAUUUGAGUCUUACUACAAUUACUGCAACCUCUUCAACUACAUUCUAAAUGCAGAUGGACCUGCCCCCUUGGAGCUGCCCAACCAGUGGCUCUGGGACAUUAUUGAUGAGUUCAUUUAUCAGUUCCAGUCAUUCAGCCAGUAUCGCUGCAAGACAGCCAAGAAGUCUGAGGAGGAGAUUGAGUUCCUUAGGAACAACCCCAAGAUCUGGAACGUCCAUAGUGUUCUGAACGUACUCCACUCGCUGGUGGACAAAAGCAACAUCAACCGCCAGCUGGAGGUCUAUACCAGUGGAGGCGAUCCAGAGAGUGUGGCUGGGGAGUAUGGCCGUCACUCCCUGUAUAAGAUGCUGGGAUACUUCAGCCUGGUGGGGCUGCUGAGGCUGCACUCUCUGUUGGGGGACUACUACCAGGCCAUCAAAGUCCUGGAGAACAUCGAGCUCAACAAGAAGAGUAUGUACUCUCGUGUGCCCGAGUGCCAGAUCACCACCUACUACUAUGUGGGCUUUGCCUACCUGAUGAUGAGGAGGUACCAGGAUGCCAUCCGUGUAUUCGCAAACAUUCUCCUCUACAUCCAGAGGACCAGGAACAUGUUCCAGAGGUCCACCUACAAAUAUGAGAUGAUCAACAAGCAGAAUGAGCAGAUGCACGGGCUGCUGGCCAUCGCCCUGACCAUGUACCCCAUGCGCAUCGACGAGAGCAUCCACACCCAGCUCAGGGAGAAGUACGGAGACAAGAUGCUUCGCAUGCAGAAGGGAGACCUGCAGGUGUUUGAGGAGCUCUUCAGCUUCGCCUGUCCCAAGUUCCUGUCCCCGGUGGUGCCCAACUACGACAACGUGCAUCCUAACUACCACAAGGAGCCCUUCCAGCAGCAGCUCAAGGUGUUCGCUGAGGAAGUGCAGCAACAGGCCCAGCUCUCCACCAUCCGCAGUUUCCUGAAGCUCUACACCACCAUGCCCGUGGCCAAGCUGGCAGGCUUCCUGGACAUGACGGAGCAGGAAUUCCGCAUCCAGCUGCUGGUCUUCAAACACAAGAUGAAGAACCUGGUAUGGACCAGUGGCAUCUCUGCCUUGGACGGAGAGUUUCAGUCCGCCUCGGAGGUCGACUUCUACAUCGACAAGGACAUGAUCCACAUCGCAGACACCAAGGUGGCCCGCCGCUAUGGAGACUUCUUCAUCAGACAGAUCCACAAGUUUGAGGAGUUGAACAGAACGCUGAAGAAGAUGGCUAUGAGUGGAGCCAGCACCACUGCCACCACAACCACCCGGGCCACAUGAGUCGGAACUCUGAAUUCCAGUGUGUGGCCUACCUGGAUCCACCAAGAAUGCUUUUUCUAUGUAAUUUGAAAACAAAAGAUGAAGUGGUGUCCUGCUGGUUUUUUGUUCAGGUGCACAUGUAGUCAUCGUGGUCAUUUUUAUUAAUGAACAGGUUGUCCUGUGAUUUUAGUUCCUUUUACAAAUAGUACAGUAGUUGAUGAUAAAUCAGAACCACUAGAUGGCAACAUUUAGCUUCCAAUGUCCAACGUAUACAUUACUCUUUAUCGUAAAAGUUACAGAACUUUAGUUUUUUUAAUGUUAUUAGGUGAACUGAGAUUAUCUAAUGUAAUAACAAAUGUCAACUAUAAAAUGUCAUCCAAUAUCA